UUGUGGAUUAGAGUUUCCAUAGUUCUGCAAAUCCAAAUCCCUCAAAGUUGCUGUCAAUUGACUCUGUAGUGUUCGUGUCCAAAAAUGCAGCCUUUGUACAAAAAUUCUGCCUAUGAAGCUCAAGCCAAACAGUUGUCGAAACAACAGCAACUUCAACGAAAUCAACAGAGGAAUAGCGCUCAAUUCGAAGCGUUGCCAGACAAACAGAGAGAAGGUGGUAUGGAGAAGCGUUACUCUGGAGGUGACAUAAAGAGAACGGAAACUCAAGAACAGUCGAAGCUUUACCAUGAAAAACUUCUAGCUGAGAAGAACAGUGACGUUGGAUCAACUAUUAGUUUUGAAGAAGAGGAAGAACUCAAUGAAGAGGACAUUCAUCUGAUGGAAGAUGCCUCCGACCGCACAUUAUUUCAAGCUCUAGGAGAUUUGUUUUGCAUCAUAAAGGAAACAGAACACUUGGAAAGAGCUUGGAGAAACGCAAGCAUCAAGGCAGAUGACUAUACUCGGGAAUGUACGAGUCUUAUCAACCGCUACAAGACAACUUGCAGUUCACUCAAAGGACGGCUUUCGAAUCCCAAUCAUUUCAUAGAGGAUUACGAGAUAGAAGCUCCUGCCGCGAGGCAGAUCGCGCUGAUUCAAGCCGGAGUACCGGCAAAAGUAGAACACAGGGAACGUUUUGGUAACCAAUCAGAUAUUCUUUAUGUAACGAGAGCUACUAGAACUUUUAUUACAGCACGAAAUGUCCUUGAAAUGAAGCUUUUAUCGAAGGAUGAGAUAUAUCCAUAUAUUUCCGAACUCAUUGAUGCACUCGAUAAGGUGGAAAGACUACGAAGUGGAUUCGAGGGAAAGGGAAGAUUGAAGGAAUGGCUAAGGAUUCUGGGCCGCAUGAAAGCAAGUGAUUCGUUGUCAACUGAAGAAGCGAGGCAACUUGCGUUUGAUCUGGAAUCAGCAUUUACAGAAUUUGAGAGAAUUUUAGAAGCACAUUCUUAAUAUUCAAACAAAAAAUGGAGACGGAUAAAUUUGGAUAUAUGAGAACAGAGUUCUUUUGUAGAAAGUCAUUUUUCGUUUAUAUAUAACUAUAAAUACUUGUCUAGUUCUGCCUUGUAAUAUGUGUGUGUGUGUGUGUGU